AUGCCGAUCCGCCGCUCGUCAACAAAGUCCCUCCCCCAGCUCCCCGUCAUCGCCCCGCACGCGGGCACCUCCUCCUCCGCCACCCUCCAGCCCGCAAACGGGGAUGCAAACGGCACGGGACCGACCGCGCGCUCGCGCAUGACCCCCGCGUGCAUCCGCGCGACAAUUACGCUCGUCGUCUUCGGCGCGUACCUCCUCUGGGCCCUCCCCUGGCACCUCCAGCACGGCUGGGACGGCAUUCCCUGGAUCGGGGGUGGAGGCGGACAUGCCGCUGCCUUAGUAGAGGAGGUACUGGGAGGAGGACGGGGAAGGGGGAAGGCUGUCGCGGAGGGAAUCCUGCGCGCGCCGAAGCUGGAUGUGCCGAAGGGCGUGCAGACUAUGUGGGGCCAGUACGCGCCGUGGCGCGCGGCGGGGACAUAUGUGGGUCCCCCGGAGGGGUGCAAUGUCACGCAGGUCAACUUGCUGCAACGUCACGGCGCGCGAUAUCCCAACGCGGAAGAGGGACAACGCUACGCCGUCGCCGUCGAACGCCUCGCGUCAGCGAAGAAAUUCGCCGACAAGCGUCUCAAGUUCCUCGAGGACUACGAGUAUGAUCUCGACGCGGACGACCUGACGGCAUUUGGGGCCGCUCAGACGUUCGAAUCCGCGCAGGUGUUCUUCAACCGGUACGCGCACCUCGCUGACGAAGAUAACGUACCGUUUGUCCGCGCGUCGGGCGUGUCCCGAGUUGUCGACACCGCAAACAACUGGACCGUAGGCACGUCCUCCCCCGCCUCCUCGCCCCGUCUCACGAUCUCACAUUCCGC